UCAUGCCGUUGUCAAUUGUCAUCUUGCUAUCAACUUUAGCUUCGAAAAGUUAAAACACAGGAAAUAAAAGAUUAACUAUUAAAAUUAAAUAAUCAAUAGAAUUACAACUAAGAAAAUAAUUUCGUUAUUGUUUACGUGUUCGUUUCACAUUAGUCACAAAAAUGGACUCCUACGAUGACUUAAGUCACAGUGAAGUUAAUGAUUUGUUACGAAAAUGGCGUGAAAAUAAUGAACGUAAAAGUUCUGAUGUUGUGGCACUUUGGAUGAAUGUUUUACAAGCACAUAGUAACAAAUAUGGAAAUGAAAAAUAUGUCUUAUUAGAGCAAAUAAUUUAUGCCAUGUUGGAUUGUCAUUUGUAUGGUUUGGCUAAGGGGCUGAUAUAUAUUUUGUCUCUGGAAUUCCCAAGGAGUCUGCGAGUGAUGCGUUACAAAGCUGCAGCAUUAGAAGCGGAGGAAAAGUACGAUGAAGCACUAAAUGUUUUGGAUGGUAUAAUCAACGCGGAUGAGACAAACGCGCCGGCACGCAAGCGCCGCGUCGCCGUGCUCAAAGCACAGGGUCUCAUACAUGAAGCUAUCAAAGAACUUGUGGACUAUUUAAAGAAGUUCAUGUCAGAUGCAGAAGCAUGGCAGGAGCUGUGCGAACUUUAUCUGCAGGUGCAGGAGUACUCGCGCGCCGCCUUCUGCGCCGAGGAGCUGCUCUUGCACCAGCCACACAACCAUCUCAUGCAUCAGCGGCUCGCUGAUAUACGGUACACUAUGGGUGGUAUUGAUAACAUGGAGUUGGCAAAAACCUAUUACUGCCAAUCUUUGAAAUUGAAUCCGGACAAUGUGCGCGCACUACUCGGAUUGUUCUUAGUUGCAAACAAUCUAGUUGGUCACUACAAAUCAUCGGGCAGUUCUAAGCGCAAAGAGGCCUGGAAGCUGUCCCAGUGGGCGCAGUCUAGAGUCACCGCCAAGCAGCGAGAGGCCAAGGCCAAGCUCGGCCUCACUGACAUGAUGUUGUCUCUCUCCCUCGCUGAAUAAUAAAAAAUAUAUAUAUUAAGGUAUUUUUAUGUAUAACUGUUACAGAUAUAACUAUAUGCUGGAAAGGUGACAGCUUUUGCAUUGUUCUAAUAAAAAAGUUACUGCCAGUUUA